AUCUUAAGGCUAAUGGGACAUUGUCCACCAAUAUGGUGAUCGCUAUGGAUAUGGUUGCCAGCUUCCGACCCUGCAUUUCACUCUCCUCAUUUCCGACACAACUUUCUUCACUGCCUAUCAAAUCAUCUCUCCAACAUUUUAACAACGCUUUCAGAAAAUCAUCACAGACGCUUCGAAAUCGUAGAAGCAUAACGGGAAUUCGCUGUCACACAGCAGCGGAUGUUGCAGAAAAUGUUAUUGACAGGACAGUUUGCCCCCCUGUGAAGGCUGACUUAGACAUUACUGCAUUCCAGGCGAUUGACCUUCGUGUUGGGUUAAUUACUGAGGCCAAGUCUGUAAUAGAUCCCGAAGUGUCUGCAAAGCGUGGUAAGAAUACUCCGAGUAGAACCCAUCUCGAACUAAGAGUGGAUAUUGGAUGUGAGGUCAGAACAGUGGUGUCAGAGUGUAAAUAUGUAAUGGAUGUGGAGGAUGCUGUUGGGAAGAAGAUCUUAUUUGUUGCAAAUAUUGCUCCACAGGAAGUUCUCGGCAUCAAAAGCCAUGGCUUGGUCUUAGUAGGCCUCAAUUAUGACUUGACCCCAAUGCCUAGGAGUUUGAAAGUUAUUCUGCCUGGCUUGGGGCGUCUACCUCCAGGGGCUCAAGUUCUUGAAGCACUUAUUCCACGUUGACAUAUUCUGACUAAUGCCACUACUACUUAACACUUAUCUUUCUUGUGUAGUGUUACUGUUAAGAGGAAAUAGUAAUAGAAUGUCCUUGCCUUCUCUCCUACAUGUAUAAGAAGGAUUUUGCAUGAAAAGCAAAAGACUCAAUGAAGAGCUUGUAAUUGUGUCUUAAUUUAGAACUGUUCCUACAUCCUCAUUAGUGAAAUUCCAGUUUAAUUUUGUUUUGCUGGAAAGACCCUGAUCAUUUCCUUGUAAAGAAUUCAUGUUUUACACAUGCUAUCCAUGCUUACAUAGUUUUCAUGGUAGAAUCAUUUCUGACAUUCAUGUCAAAAGAUGCUAAAUAUUUUCCUGUAAUGUUAAUUAACUGCAUUUGGGCUGUUUUGCACAGGGUAUCACUGCAGCUCAAUUAAGUUAAAGUAUAUCAAACUAAGUGGAUAUAGGUUGUUUAAAUACAAUCUGAGGUACUUCCAUAAACACCUGAAAUACAGAUGGUUUAUAAUUUUAAUUGA